AUGGCCUCCAAUUCCGCCAAGAGGAAGGAAACUGCCCCAGGGCCUUAUGUCUCAACUGGAGGCGCAGCUAGACGAGCCAAAACCUUCGAUGCGCGCCAACUCGCCGUGCAAUCAACCGAUGCCGCCCUCUCCGCAACGGGCGAACUCGAUGUCGCCGCGUACGCCUCCGCACGAGCAUUCGAAAUCCAAGCCUUAGAGGAUGGAAUUCAGCGAUCGAGAACUGCGCUGACAACCCGAGCUUUUCAAAAAGUCCCUCGCGCGUUGCGACGUCGAACGGCAAGUCACAAUGUGAAGCGGGUCCCACAGAGGUUGAGGGUGCGGGCCAAGCGCGAGAUGAUCGAAGACAAUACCCCGACCGUCACCGCUAGAAGACGCAAACCAACGCAGAUCAUGCGCAUCCGUCUUGAAUCUGCCCGACGCCUGCAAAACCUCAAUGCCAGAACAAAGAAUAAGCGCCUCGCCGCGAAGAUCGCCCGAGAUAAAGACAUCAACACCCAACUGAAGGAGGGAGGUAGUCACAAUUUCAACACCGCACCGCGGAUCCCCAAAAUAAAGAAGAACAAGCUCUCGAGACCGCCGCCCGCCGACGCAAAAUUCCGCAAGCGCCAGCAAUGCAAAACAUGGCUUCCUACCCACUUGUUCCAUGCCAAACGGGCACAUGUCACGACGACCAAGAACCCCCUCUGGCGAUUCGCCAUUCCUUUGUCACCUACUGAGAAGAGCUAUCGGCCUACACACAGGACACGCGGUGCUCGGGGUGCCAUGGCGUGGGAUAUGAGCUAUAUGUCUACGAUACAACUUGAAGGGUCUGAGGGUUCUAUCGAAGCUGUACUUCUGGCUGUUGGCAUUAGUAGUGCAGAAGGAUCGGGCCCCAAAGGAAAGAAGUGGAAAGCUGGUGCCAGAUCACUGGAAACCUGGGCCUUUGAGAUGGAUCACCCCACGAGGCCAACAGCUCCAAUCACCAUGAUCUGGUGCGCUGUUCCAAAAUCGGAAGACGUGGAAAUGGCCAACGCCGAUGACAGUUCAUCUGUACCUAAGAUCACUCGACGAAAGCUUUGGGUUCGCGUUCAUCCAUCAGCCUUCCUGCAACUUUGGAAUGAUCUGCUCGAGGCAUCGAAGCGCCAAAGUCCGCCCGUCAUGGUCGAGGACCUCAGAUUCGAAAUUGGAAGCAUUGAGAUUACUGGCCCAGGCUCCACGGAAGCAUUGAUCGCCGCUUUACGACCUUCCAACAAACCCGAUGGUCAGCUCCCAGGCCCACAGAGCCCAGAGGUGAUUUGGCCAGCCUUAUUGGGAGUAUCAAACCCUUCAUCAUUGCCACAAAACGCCCUCUUAUCUUUCAACGUGUCUGACCCCCGCCUUGAGUUCCCACCCCGCAAACUCGACAUUCCAGACAGCGAAUCUCAUAUGAACAAUCUCGCCAUUCUACUCUCCAAGUGGUCCCCAGACCAGACGCAGGGACCUUCUUCAUUAUUUGAUCGCCCUAGUCGCCUAGCAGCUACUCGCCAACUCCCCAGCCAGAAAGCGAUCAAUCGUCGUCGUAAUCUUUCGGGUCCUGGGAAGUACCCUGCUCCCAAGCCCACAGACCCCCAGAUUCCAGCAAUCAUACUUGCAAACCGGUCACGAACUCAUCUGAAGCGAAACUCUGCGCCUGGCUCGUGGACUGUCCUUCUGCCAUGGAAAUGUGUGCCACCGGUAUGGUAUUCUCUAAUGUACUACCCACUCUCGAGUGGAGGCAACCCUCGAUUCGGAGGUGUAAAACAACAGCAACAGCUUGCCUUUGAAGCGGGGGAGGCAUGGUUCCCUGGUGACUUCCCCGGUACUCGGGCCGGGUGGGAAUGGAACCAGCGCGAAGCCGAGAAAUCUCGACACGAAUGGGAACGACGACCUAAAGGCCGACGUGUUGAAUAUGACAGCCUUAUUCUAGGCGAUGGGCACCCAAAGGGGGAGAUUGGGCGUGGCUGGACCUGUGAUUGGGAGAGACUUGUUCAAGGAACAGGUCAAGAUGUUCCCGAAAACAUCACUUCUCCUAGCAAACAGGCCGACGGAGCCAAUCCCGAGGUACCCGAUGUUAGCAUCCCGCCAUCCGACCUUCACAAUCUUCGAUUUUCUACAAAAGACACCAACAAAAUUCUCUCCAACCUCACCAAAACACAAACUGAGCCCGCGGCUCUCUCUACCGUAUACGUCUCGCUAAUCCACCGCGGCACUCCCACUCCUUGCUCGCGCAUUUACCGUCUACCAACAAACCCAACCCUCCGAGAAAAAUGGUUACUAUUGGCUUCAGCAAACCAUAAGUCUGCUGGAGGGAAAGCGGGAUCCCGCAAACCCUCUGAUGUUUCUGGCGACGCAGCCCGGCGCCAACUUACUGAGUCACUUAUCGCUGCCGUACCCGAAGAUUCGCCGUCGAUUCAUCUCGAGGUUCCAACAGCAGAUGAUCUGAUCGGGUUUGUCACUACAGGAAAUUACAAUCUAUCUGAGGGCAAGGGAACUGGCAUUGCUUCAAUCCUGCUGUCGAAGGUAGCUGAAUCCAAUGGCAAGCUCUCAGAAAAGAAGCUGUGCAUCGUUCGAUCUGCCGGAGAAAAGGUCGGCCGAUUAGCAACUUGGGAGAUUGUCUAA